GUUGUUGUUCCCGGCAGAGAAAGGGAUUGGCUCUUCAUUGUAGCUGUGUGAAGAUGAUUAAGGCGAUUCUGGUGUUCAAUAAUCAUGGAAAACCGCGAUUUAUGCGAUUCUACCAGCACUUCGCAGAAGACAUGCAGCAGCAGAUCAUCAGGGAGACGUUUCACUUGGUGUCCAAGCGGGAUGACAAUGUGUGUAAUUUCCUGGAAGGAGGAAGCUUGAUUGGUGGCUCUGACUACAAGCUGAUAUAUCGUCAUUAUGCCACGCUGUACUUUGUCUUCUGUGUGGAUUCCUCUGAAAGUGAACUGGGAAUUCUUGACCUCAUCCAGGUUUUCGUGGAGACUUUGGAUAAAUGUUUUGAAAAUGUAUGUGAACUGGACUUGAUCUUUAAUGUGGAUAAGGUACAUUAUAUAUUACAUGAAAUGGUGAUGGGUGGAAUGGUUCUGGAGACCAAUAUGAAUGAAGUUGUUGCACAGGCUGAAGCACAAAACAAGCUUGAAAAGUCUGAGGUAAGUGGUCAGACUGGUUUCUCUGCAGCUCCAGCAAGAGCAGUUUCCGCUGUGAAGAGUAUGAAUUUACCAGAAUUACCACGCAAUAUCAACAUUGGUGACCUCAACAUCAAGGUUCCAAACCUCUCCCACUUAGUAUGAGGGGGAAACCUUUCAAAAAGCUGUUCCCCAUGUUCAACCAGGUCGCUUUCCUGGAAAGCAUUGCUCUCAAAUAUAUAUUUAGAUUACUGGUCUUUUUUUUACCUUCUGCUUACUGGAUUAAAAUGGUUUGUUAAAUGUCCUUUAGUGAGUUAUGCAUUGCCAGAUUUAUUCUUUAUGUCAAGGGAUAUUCAAGGUUUUAUUGUCAUGAUUAAUAACUUAUCACAUGUACAUCUGUAGGUGAGCAGUCGGAG